UAUUUUUACUCUUUGGUUUGUUCUGUUUAGACUCACCUACUAUAUUACUGUCAUAGAGUUUCACUUUUGUUAUCGCUACUUCUUUCAUGCUAUUGGGAUAGUUUUUUUUACUGUUCUAGUUAUCUAUAAACUUUGUAGAGAUUAUGUUCAUAUUGUUCAUUGAUCAGAUGUUAAUCGAUCUUUGGUAGUACUUUUUUGUAGUUCAACAAAUUCUAUAAGGGCUAAGGAGAGGAGAGGUUAGAGUGAAGGUGAAUGAACUUAUGAAUUCAUAUUGCUAUGGAAAAUUCUAAAUUUAUUUCAUGACUGUUGUGGAAUAUUUAUUAUUAUAUAGGUCUAAAAAUCAUAAUGAAUAACUUAGUAUAACUGUAAAUUUGAUGGAAGUAGGCUAAUUGCAAGUAAAGAAAAAUACAUAGUUAUUACGUCAGUAUAACUAUAAAUUUAAUAGCUUUCAUUUGCACUAGAGAGGGUUAUCUAACAAACAUAGUUUUGAGAUCAGCCAUGGCUGAAACAGCGGGCCUAAGUUUGAUUGGGAAGUUGGCUGCAACUGUCGGAGCUUCAGAAGCAGCACUCAAGAUUUUACUAUCAAUUUUGCUAGCUCAUCCAAUUUCAUUAUUUCAUCGUUACAAUUUAUAUGGAAGGAAUCAAGACCUGCAACAUGUGUACUUUGCAGUAUGUGGAUUAGCGAUUGGAAUAUUCAAUUAUGGUUGGGACAUUUUCCACACACUAGCAACAGUGAUUGUUGUUUAUAUAAUUUUAAGAGUUGCUGGAGGAACACUCAUGUCUGCAGUGAUAACAUUAGCAUUUACAAUGGGCUACCUCCUAAUAGGCUACUACGUGACAAGUACAGAGACGUAUGAUAUCAAAUGGACAAUGCCUGAGUGUGUCCUAACUCUGCGACUCACCGGACUUGCGUUUGACCUCUAUGAUGGAUCAAAACCUCUGGAAAGUCUAUCAGCAGAAAAUAAAAAAGUUGCCUUGACGAAAAUGCCAUCCUUUUUGGAAGUCUUGGCACAUUCUUACUUUCCUGCUAGUUUCCUGGUUGGCCCACAAUUCUCAAUGAAACGAUAUCAGGACUUUGUCAGUGGAAAAUUUAGAGGAUCGGAAUCGGGGCUCCCAGACUGCCUGGGAGCUGCUGUCUCUCGGUCUCUCACUGGAGUUUUGUACCUGGCUCUCUACCAAGUCGGGUAUCUGUACUUCCCGGAUAACUACUUGGUCAGCGAAGAUUUCCAGGCAUUGGGAAUAAUAAAGCGGUUGUUCUACAUGGGAGUCUGGGGCCACAUAGCUUUGUACAAGUACAUCUGCAUUUGGCUGCUUUGUGAAGGUGUCUGCAUUGAAGUAGGUCUGACGUACAAUGGUGUAGAUAAAGAUGGUAAAACCAAGUGGGACGGUUGUGCCAAUGUAAAUCUUUCCAAGUUUGAAGGAGCAACAAUUUUCACCCACUACAUUGAGUCUUUUAACAUCAACACCAACCAUUGGGUUGCACAGUAUAUUUACAAGAGACUUAAGUUUCUUGGCAACAAGCAUUUGUCUCAACUGGGAGUUCUGCUGUUCCUGGCUGUAUGGCAUGGACUCCACUCUGGCUACUACAUGUGUUUCUUUCUCGAGUUUGUGUGUCUGGUUAUGGAAAGAGAUUUGCAAGCCAUGUUGACCCGUAACAAGGCUGUCCUCGAGUUCCUCUCACAGCCAGGUGCCAGCCACCUGACUUAGCUUCUGCUCAAUUUCUACACUCUGAUGGUCAUGAUUUUAUUUGUUACAGUUGCAAGCCAUGUUGACCCGUAACAAGGCUGUCCUCGAGUUCCUCUCACAGCCAGGUGCCAGCCACCUGACUUAGCUUCUGCUCAAUUUCUACACUCUGAUGGUCAUGAUUUUAUUUGUUACAGUUGCAAGCCAUGUUGACCCGUAACAAGGCUGUCCUCGAGUUCCUCUCACAGCCAGGUGCCAGCCACCUGACUUAGCUUCUGCUCAAUUUCUACACUCUGAUGGUCAUGAUUUUAUUUGUUACAGUUGCAAGCCAUGUUGACCCGUAACAAGGCUGUCCUCGAGUUCCUCUCACAGCCAGGUGCCAGCCACCUGACUUAGCUUCUGCUCAAUUUCUACACUCUGAUGGUCAUGAUUUUAUUUGUUACAGUUGCAAGCCAUGUUGACCCGUAACAAGGCUGUCCUCGAGUUCCUCUCACAGCCAGGUGCCAGCCACCUGACUUAGCUUCUGCUCAAUUUCUACACUCUGAUGGU